GCGUAAUAAAACGAGUUAGUCUUCAGUUCUCUCUAUAAAUGGGAGGCUGAAAAUACUCAGAUACCAUCAAAGUUUUCUUCUUUGUAGUUUAAAAAUCAUGAACACAACUAUCAGCUCAUUCACAAAAAUGGAAAACGAGAUCCACAACGAUGAUGAGCAAAUUCUGAUGAUGAAUUCCGAAGAAAAAUAUGAGGAUGCAGAUGUUCGACUUAAGGGUAAAAGAGUGGUGGCAAAUAUUACUAACAAGACGGAGGCUCCAUUGGAGAAGUGCCAAUUCAAUGUAUUGGUGGAGCUCAAGGGUAUUGGAGCCGAAGAAGGAAGAUUAGGCGUUGACCUUGUGACCGUCUUAGAUAUCAGUGGUAGCAUGGAUAAGGAAGACAGAUUUGCUGACAAGUUAUGCCCACUGCGCCGGAUAACUGAAACUUCUCAAACGGAAAUUACAGAUCUGAUGAAUAAAUUAGAAAGCAAAUCCACCACAAACACCGAAGCUGGUCUUAGAUUGGCCUUAAAAAUACUGAAUGACCGUACUUUCACCGAAAACCGUAGUGUGGCUAUCAUGCUUAUGUCCGAUGGGAUAGAAGAUGAAGGUAUAAGUAAUGCUACCAGUGUUCCGGUGCUUAGUGAAAUUGCAAAGAACAGGAAAGGAGGGACGUUCACAUAUGUUCCAGAAUUGAAUGAUUUGAGUGCUGCUUUCUCUACCUCUUUGGCUGGGCUUCUUAGCGUUGCUAUUGAGGACCUCACUCUGACCGCCAUGCCAAUGAAUGGAACCCAACUCAAUAAGAUGAAUGCUGGAAUCUACUCACAGGUUGCCACACAAAUGGAGCCUGUAUCGUUUACCGUUAAAUUCAGUUCACUGUUCAACAGAGAGACCCGUAAGGUCCUUGCGGAACUAACUCUCCCAGAGGUUGGUGAAAGAGUUGGCGUGAACGUCCUCAGAGUGGAGUUGAAUAUGAGGGUUAACGGGAAGGAGGUAUUUGCUUCUAAUCCAAGAGACUUGAACGUGAGCCGCAAACAAACAGAAAAAUCAGAGGAGAAGCCGGAGGUUCGAUAA